UCCAUCACCAUGGAGCAACAAGCGCACUACCUCUACCUCUUCCUGGCUCUAGUCGUCCCUCUCCUGCUCCUCAAGCUGCUCAGGAAACACGGCGGCGGCGAUGACGGCGUGCGUCUGCCUCCUGGCCCGUGGCAGCUUCCGAUCUUCGGCAGCCUGCACCACCUGGCCAGCAGCCCGCUUGCUCACCGCGUAAUGGCCGACCUCGCGCGCCGACUGGACGCCCCGCUCAUGUACCUCAAGCUCGGUGAGGUCUCCGUGGUGGUCGCCACCUCCCCCGACGCCGCCCGCGAGGUCAUGAAAACGCACGACGCCGUCCUGGCCACCCGCCCCUGGAACCCCACCAUGAAGAUCAUGAUGGCCGACGGCCAAGGCGUCGUCUUCGGCCGCUACGGCGCCCUCUGGCGGCAGGUCCGCAAGAUCUGCAUCCUCGAGCUCCUCAGCCCGCGCCGCGUUCAGUCCUUCCGCGGCAUCCGAGAGGAGGAGGUCGGCCGGCUCGUGUCCGCCGUCACGGAUUUGGCAUCCACCGGCCAGCCCGUCAACGUCAGCGAGCGGAUCGCCGUGCUCAUCACCGAUUCCGCCGUGCGCACCAUGAUCGGGGACAGGUUCAAGAAGCGCGAGGAGUUCCUGCAGAUCCUCGAGGAGGGGGUCAAGCUCGUCUCUGGGUUCACCCUCGGCGACCUCUUCCCCUCGUCGCGGCUCGCGGGCUUCAUCAGCGGCACAGCGCGGCUUGCACAUGAGAGCCACCGCAAGUGCUUCGAGCUCAUGGAUUAUGCCAUCAAGCAGCACGAGGAGCAGAGGGCAGCUGCAGCAGCAAAGGGUGCGGUGGAAGAGGGAGAGGACCUGGUGGAGGUGCUCUUGAGGAUACAGAAGGAGGGUGGCCUCGAGGUGCCUCUCACCAUGGGAAUCAUUAAAGCGGUUAUCCUUGAUUUAUUUAGUGCCGGGAGUGAGACGUCAGCGACAACUCUCCAGUGGGCGAUGUCGGAACUUAUGAGAUACCCGGUUGUGAUGCAAAAGGCACAAGCAGAAGUACGCAAUAACCUCAAAGGAAAACCUAAGGUGACAGAGGAUGACUUGGCCCACCUCAAAUAUCUCAGACUUGUCAUCAAGGAGACGCUAAGACUGCAUCCGCCGGCCCCGUUGCUUAUUCCGCGGGAGGCCAUGGAGUCGUGCAAAAUUCUCGGGUAUGAUGUGUUGAAAGGCACAACCAUUCUCGUGAACGCAUGGGCGAUCGGCAGGGACCCAAAGCACUGGGCUGACCCUGAGGAGUUCAAGCCGGAGAGGUUCGAUUCUGCUACCGUAGACUUCAAGGCCACAGACUUUGAGUACAUACCGUUUGGUGCGGGACGAAGGAUGUGCCCCGGAAUUGCGUUUGGACAUGCCAGCAUGGAGAUCGUGCUCGCCUCGCUUCUCUACCACUUCGACUGGGGGCUCCCGGGAGGGAUGAGGCCAAGUGAGCUGGAUAUGGUGGAGGAGAUGGGCAUCACUGUGCGACGGAAGAACGACCUGAACUUGCAUGCUAUCGUCCGCGUGCCACUGACUUGAUUCACAAUUUGCUUAUUUGCGGUCACACAAUUCUCAUUUAUAGG